GUCUUCGAGUAACUGUGCGCCCUCUCUACUUUCCAAUUUCGCACGUCCCCCCAUCCACGUCCAAAUACCACAAUGACGUCUCUACGUCGACUACCACAGCUUUCGCAGCUUCAAUCCCUCAAGGCCCAAGGGAUUUCGACUCUCCGCUCACAAUUCCAUGCCGUUGGUCACUCGCGACAUCUCACACCCCGUCUCCAAUAUACAUCUCCAACAGUCCACCGUCGGCCAACGUCCCUCACGUUCUACCGCAAAUCCUCUACCCUUCCUCAGACCGAUGACGCACCUCCACAGAAUAGCCUGCUAUCGGCUACUUACAAACCCCCGACGACCGGCAUCCUCUCGGUCCUUCCCGCAUCAUGGGUUCCAUACGCCGAACUGACUCGCAUUGACAAGCCGACGGGCACCAUCUACCUCCUCCUCCCCGCACUCUGGUCGACACUCAUGGCGGCCUCACUGACCGCCCCUGUCGCCCCUGUUUCCUCAGUUCUCUACACAGGUUUCCUCUUCACCGCUGGAGCGCUGGUCAUGCGCGGGGCCGGGUGCACAAUCAACGACCUGUGGGACCGCAACAUCGACGACAAAGUGGCGCGCACACGCUUCCGACCACUGGCGCGUGGCGCUGUUACACCUACCAAUGCGGUUCUCUUCACGGGCGCGCAACUUCUCACCGGCCUCGCGGUUCUCGUCCAGUUUCCCGUGGAAGUCAUCGUCUCCGCCAUCCCGAGUCUGACCGUCGUCACUUUGUACCCCGCCAUGAAGCGCUACACGAAUUACCCCCAGGUCGUGCUGGGACUCGCGUUUAGCUGGGGCGCGAUGCUGGGGUUUCCCGCGCUUGGUCUGAGCCUGCUGGAUCCUACCGUUGCCGCUACCACCGCUUGCCUGUAUGCUAGCAACGUCGCCUGGACCGUCCUCUACGAUACGGUAUAUGCACACCAGGAUAUCCAGGACGAUAAGCGCAUCGGUGUUAAAAGCACCGCGAUCGCGAAUGAAGGCCGCACAAAGAAGUUCCUGGCGGGCAUGGGCGGGGUACAGAUCUCGCUGCUGGCCGGUGCCGGGUUAAUCUCGGGGAUGGGGCCGGCGUUUUUCGUCGGCAGCUGUGGAGGCACCGCGUUGUUGACCGCGUGGAUGAUUAGGAGGGCGGAUUUCAAGAAGGUGGAGGACUGCUGGUGGUGGUUUAAGUGGUGCUCGUGGGCGGUGGGGGGCGUGGCGAUUGGCGGCGGGCUGACCGCCGAGUAUGUGCUGAGGAAGAUUGAGGUGGAGAAGGUGGAGAAAGAUGCAGUGGUGGUGGCUUUCUGAAUAGAUUUGAGAGAAAUAGGGUUUGUAUAUAUGACUUUUCGCAUGGCGUUUGAUACGAUACCCAAUUGGACACGAUUACCCCCUCACGAGUAGCUUGUCGUCGUUGGAUGUUUCUGGAAUAUUACAACAGGGA